AGACUGGCAACCAGGCUAGUCUAGCCUAUCAAAUUGCAGUGGUUCAUAACCGUUUAAUGAAACGUGGGCAAUUAAACUGAUGAGUAGAUAUUCGCAUAUAGUCGUCCUAUCGAAGAUGAGAAUGACAGAAGAGGUGGCGAAUCUAACUCUCAGGGAUGCUCACCACGUCGACAUCUCUCCGAAGGCUGAAUCUCAAGAGUCGAUUUCGUAAUGACUCAACUUGCCACAGUCGUACCAUUUCCAUACUCUAAAUGGACAUUUGGUCAUAGGAGGACCACUGAUUUAACGACUACUGCUCUCUGAUCAUCCGCGGUUUACCGGAUUCAGCAGUGAGAUUUCGUGUUUCGUGUGUUUCUUCAGUCUCCAUCUCAACGCCUUCGAUUGGAGCACCACCUAUGCCGAUCAUUUUAAUGCCUACUAAUCUUCAUUUGGUCUGCGAGCUCAAGAAAAUAGGCUACAAAGCCAGCCUACAACGAACAGGCAGCGCAGAACACGGCAAUCAAAAAUUAUAGGGCGACUACCCCGCAGAAGAAACCGACCGAGUGUCAGCAAUACGGGCUACAGUAGCUGGCUGCCUGGAUACACCAACUGCAGCCACAAGCGCCCGUGACCACAUUACCAGUGUAGCCCUGACGGUUGUUUCUCAAAGGAGCCUCGAGGACUGGAAAUCUGACCCCUUCUAAUGGUGGAGAACUGCUUCGUGACAUGGAGCUGUCGUGAUUUCCCCCUAUUACCGUUACACUUGCUGUCCUUAUGUGCGGUAUCGGUGUAGGGACAGUAUUUUGAAGAUACUUGGCAGUCACAAUAGCCUACAACCUAUCAAACUUAAUCCAAGCGGACGCUGAUGGUGCAUGACUGCCUUAUCAAACACAUUUUGUCGACUCUUUUGAUGUAGGCUAUUUUGAGAUCAUAAGCAGUUUUGGAGACGUUUUGAUUUUUGGUUUACAUAUGAAUUGAAAGGAGCCUGGAAUUGGCCUUAGGACUUUUCUAUCCCCAAAUGAAUGAGAGGAGAGCUACACAAACAAAACAAAUAAACAACGUGGAAAUAACUAAAGGACAAUAGUGAUUUAAAUGUGGUAGCUCGUGUGAACUCAACACUAUUUAUAUUGAGAUAUUAGGAUUUUUAUUGAUUUUUUUAUUUCGUUGUGAUUUUGGUAGACAUUAUGAACUCAUAUUUUACUUCUUAAAUCCUUUCCAUAGUUAAUAUGAAAUAGUUAUUCAUGUAACGGUUUUGUGGACCGGUCACUUUGCUGAAAGGAAAGGGGUCACCAUAACUGUUUUGGUUACAGUGAAGCAGUCGCAAGAAACGAAUCAUUAUCACCCGAGGCUGCUCGCGACCAUUCAGUGUUUCAUGAGCCAGCCUCAAGAACUCGCACGAGCCAGCAACAACUCAGAUGCGACCCGGUACAUUUCAAAUAUCUGUAAAGGCUGUUGAUGGAGAGGAUUUCGAAUGACAGCCGGGACAGUGGUCAUCACAGGCGGUAUUUUAGCUACAGUUAUCUUACUGUGCAUCAUCGCAGUACUGUGUUACUGUAGGCUGCAGUAUUAUUGCUGUAAGAAAGAGGAGUCAGAGUCGGAGGAGGAGGAGGAGCCCGACUUUGCGGUGACGUCCCGCCUCCCGCCUGUCCACUCCAAUCAUAACAUCGUGGCGGCGUCGGCCGCCGCCUCCAACCCCAACGGCCCCACCCUCUUCACGCCGCCAUUGGCGCGUAAACUGACGCGCUCGCAGACGUUCUGCCCGUCGUGCACGCACCAUGAGCUGCCCUUCUACCUGCAGCACCCGGAUGGACUGCGGAACGGCGGCGACCGCAUCAGCUACCGCAGUGUCCAGCAACACGACCUGGACCUGCCCUUAGAAAUGCCCAGCUACCACAAACUCAACCUGACCCGGUCGGUCACCAUGAAGGACAUGUUCAACCGCAGCUGCAGCAUCAGCACUGACGUCUAGUGGCAUUAGCGCCACCCGGUGGCAUGGAGGACUCAUGGAAACAGAUGGAUAAUACAAUGGGGACGGAUAGUGGGACUGUGACUCGACAACUAAUACUCCCAUGUACCUCAGUUUUACACUCAGAUAUAACCACACAUUAACUAGUGAAAAGAUACAUCUGCCAGUUUGGAUGUUGACCCUGAAAUAGCAUAGAGUUUCUGGACUCAUACUGUUGGAUUACCCUAAACCUAAACCACACUCUGGUUUAAAUCCAACAAAUCAACUGUACCUUUGAAUAACAAAUAACAGACUUUGCAAAGAUGCUGCUAAAGAAACCAAGAAACCAUGGCGAUAAGGAUAAGGAGGAGGGUAAUGGAGGCUCCUCCCACUACUGCAUCUCUCCACCAAUCCCCAGCCUGAUCACCAGAAAGGGGGCGGAGCAGAUCAUAUCACAAGUUAUGGAUUAUCCAUCCAUCGCAUCAUGGUUCGGAAAUGGAGUAGUGACGGAGGAGAGGGGGAACAACAUGUUAUAGGCCAUAAAAACAGGAGAUAAAGGGCUUGUGGGUGGUGGAGUCCUCUGCUCUGUUUUCUACAUGCAGUUUAUUUUUGAGAGAGAGAGAGAGAGACAGAUGUAUGAAAAUAAUCCUAGCCAGCGUACACAAAACAUUAUCCUACUUUUUCAGACUCUAAUUGGGUUGCAAUAACAUUAAAAGGACAUUAAAGGAGGGCGUUUAAGUUAUGUUAUUUAUUAAUGUAACAAUUUACCAAACAAAAUGUGUCCAGGUUGGCGUAACCCGUUGGGAUAAACAAGCUAAGAGGGUUUUGAAAAUAGUUUUCCCUUUUUUAAGUUUUGCUUCAGUUAUUAUCAUUACUGAAUAUUGUGAAACAGCAUCUAUACUAUUUAUGUCUGAUGAGUGCUGAGAAACCAUACAGACGAGAACAAAAAAUAUAUUUUAUACACUUUAGCUUUACUAUGUAAUUUAUGGUUAUCUUGUUCACUGGAGUUUCAAAUCGUGGUCUUUUCACCAGAUUCCUUGUGUUGUCUAAAAUCGGAGAUCCAUGGGCUAAUAAAUCUAAACAACAUUUUGUGGCUUAUCUUCAUUCGAUUGGAUUGGACUUGGCUUAGCUCCCUCUGCACUCGCCUUGCUGGACUAGGAGGAUGAACUCUACACUCGAUUUAGAGGCCUGGGAGAGUAUGAUCGUUCUCUCUGAGCUCUGCAAGCAGGACUGGAGGAGAGGAGGCGCUGUGCUGUGUGUGCAGUAUAGUCAGGAUGGGGAUGGAGAGACUGCGGUUGUGUUUUUAUGCCCACAGGCCACUCUUUCAAUUAGAUUAUUUAGUGCAGAGAUUAAAUCGGAGUGAAUGUGGGGUGGGGGCUGGAAUCUGAUUGGCUCCCUCAUGUUAUUGUCCUCUUGCUCCAUCUGUAUAUUCAUUGGAUGCUUUGCCUCUUUUUUCUUCUUUGUUUUACCACCACCAGUUUACUAGCGAACACGGUUGUUGUUUUGUUUGUUUAUCCCAGCAAAUUAAACAAUUUGUCCAAACAGUAUGGGCCUUUUUAUGUAGUUGAUCGAUUCUUGCAUAAUGUGCAUUCAUGCAAACAAACACACAUACACACAGGCACACAUACAUACAUAAAUGUAUGCAUACAUAUUAUUUUUCAACAUUUUCUCUUCCUUUUAAAAACUGAGCCGCAAUGUAGUGUCAUAAGGAAUGGUAUGAGCGACAGACAUUAAAUAUUGGAUCCGCAGUAGGGAGAAACAGCGCCACUGGCCACCCCACCACCGUUGUUAUUGUUUUUGUUGCGGAGUUGAGGAGCUUCGCGCUACAUAUUGUGCACUUCUAUCGCACGUGCAAUGAUGUCCGAGGGGAAAAAAACAGUGUUUGUUGUUUACAGUAACUUCUUUGUUGUUGUAAUAUCGCAAAAGGACGUGGUUGUUUCACCAUUAAGGAUUCCAGCGUUAAGUACAUUAUUAUUAUUAUUAUUAUUACAGUAUUGGUGUUCUUUGCUGAACUACAGUAUUGCUUUAUCUCAGUAUUUGCAUUUUAUGAUAAACUUUCGUUGUUUCCAGCUCUCUAAGGUAAAACAUGUUUCUGUCAUUGUUUCAACUGUAUGACUAAAGAACACAUGGUUACUAAUAAAAGUUUGUGAAAUUC